AUGUUAGCUGAAAAGCACCAACUUUUCCAAAGUAAUGUCUAUACUGUAGAAACCUCAUACGACGAUUUUGUGGCGAAUCAUAUUACACCCACUGGAAUCAUACUUACCAUACUACAUAGAGAAGGCAUUGAACAAACGGAAGGCUUUGCUUGGAGAAUCACACAUCGUAUAUCAGUGGACGCUUGCAAACUCACUCACAAAUUCGCGCACAGGACUCACCGAGGUCUAGCAGUACAAGUGCUUUCAGAAUCAUCGCUUCAGAUUUCGGUUUAUCACCAAGCGUGGUCUUGUUACAAGCUUUGUAAGCGAAAUACAAUGCCGUUUUAAGCUUUCCUUGACACCGCGCGCAGUGUCCGAAAGCUAUCCAAGCUUCAACAGUGUUUUCGUCCGAAUUCAUCAACUGAGUCGCCAACGAUUCUAACUCCUUUACCAUAGGCGGUGUAUUCUGUGCAAAUAGAAGAGCUAACGUAUCCAUGGCAUAGUGCUGCUCGCUGUCUAGGGAAUGAGCCUUGGCUAAUUCAGAGCGAGCUUCGUGACGCAUUCCUAAGCUAUUGUAUACUAGACCCAUUUCGGUUAGAAUUUUCGGAUUAUUGGUUCCUAGAAGCGACAUGAUCUUCAGAGCUUGUUCUGUUUGUCCAGCUCCGAGAAGCUUCUGUGCCUCAAGCCAAGUCGUAAGGUUGGCAGCACCUGAACCUUCUAGACCUUCGCCAAUUGCAUCGAUAUCCAUGUUCGCUGCAAUAGGAGCGCCAGCUCUGAGAACAGUAGCCAAACAACCAAAAGCACUAUUGCAAUUUGCGAAGACGUCCUGAAGAUACAAUAUUGACAUGUUGGCACCCUUGUGAUCUUUACCAGCAAGAAGUUUUGCCAUCGCAUAACGCACUUUCGGAAUAUAUUGGUGGCCUGGUAUUUUGGCCAAGACAGCUGAAAUUUCAGUCAGCAUUACUAUUAUUGUAUGAAAUAAAAUGCAGUGACAAUCGGCAGUCUCACGCACUGAUUUAUUGCAUUCUGUCAUUACUAUGUCGAAAGUUAAAACAUUGA